CUGCCCCAAGAAAGUGGAUUUAUCUUUUUCAUAUUUAAUCAUAGUAUUAUGGCUACAUUUACUUUUUACUAUAUUUAGUUAUUUAAUUAUUAUUUAUUCUACUGUAAUAAUUAUUGAACAUAUUUUUAUAUAUUAAACGACAGCCACGACGGUGAUGAGAAUUUUUGAGGUUAUGUAAUCCUACAGUCCCUAUACAGUUCUUCGGUCAAAUGUUGACAUUUCUAAUGCAACUGAUAACAAUUAAAAAAUACAAUUUUUAAAAUGAGUUGGGAAGUAAGUACAGCUCCAAUGUGUCGAGCAUGUAUGGAAAUUGAUGGUGCUUUUAUUUCAAUGGACGAUGAAAUAUUUAAUAAGAAAAAUCUGCUCAAAAAACUUAUGGAAUUGACAUCAAUUCAUAUUGAUAAAAACGAUGGCCUUCCAACAAUGCUUUGUACAAAAUGUGCUCAUCGUACAAGCGCUUUUUAUAAAUUUAAACAACAAGUUAUUGAAUCGGAGAAAAAACUUAGAAAAAUGUUUCAAGUUUCAAGCGAUUUUGUCAAGGAAGAAAAUGCACAUCAAAAACACGAGGACAUUGUAAAUUUAGAAAUCUCAUCCUCUAUUAAACCUAAAAUAGUAAAUUUAGUGGAUGAAAAUUUUCCAAAUAAUGAAACGUUUCAAGAAAUGCAAGUUUCAAAAAUUAAAACAAAUAAAAUAGUUGAAGAAAUUUGCCUUGAAUCUCCAAAUAUUCAUAUGGUAAAUAAUGAAAAAUGUGAGACAAUUGCAAAUAUUGUCAAUUCUGAUGGCAUUAAUUAUGCAAUAACUUAUAUACCGAAUGAAGCAUUAAAUAUUAUGUUAAACAGAGAAGCAUUUCAAGCAGUUCUUGCAAAUCCUGAAAUUAGUUUGAAAAAACAAACAGCUACUUUGACACCAAAUAUAAUAAAUGAAGAUAUUGAACAUAUACAAUCGGUCGAUGAAUUGUUUAAAACAAUUUCACCAGUAAAAACAAUUGAAAAUACAAUAACAAAUGAAGCAAUCUCCGAAUUAGAAGUUUUAUAUUCGAAAAAUUCAAAAGAAAAAGAAUGUUUUCCUGAUUCGAAUGAAAAUUCUGUUUAUAUACCCAAUAACAACGACAAUAAAAAAAAACGAAUUGAAAAUCAAGAAGAGAGUAAUGAUUCAGAUUCUGAUUAUUUUAUAAGUUCUAAAGACGAUAUUUUAGGCAGUCUUAACGAUACAAUAACGAGGGUGAAGGAGAUAAAGGAUGGGAAUAAAGUGCAAUUUCAAUGUACCCUAUGUCUUCAGAAUUACGAGGAACUCUCCAGGGUUUUGAUUCACAUUGUAGACAAUCAUGUGCCAUCAAACGGUCCAUUCUUUUGUAUUGUUUGCGAGAAAGAUUGCGAAAGUCAUCGAGAAUUACGAACACACGUGAAAAUUCACACAGGUACACAUCCAUAUAUAUGUUUUCUUUGCAAAAAAGCUUAUGUAAUGAAGAGAUAUUUGAAGCGACAUUUGGCUUGUCAUACCGAUUUUCCAAGGCAUCGUUGUGCCAAAUGUGGAGUACGUUACAAAAUUAAAUCAGAAUUGGAAACUCAUUUAUCAACACACGCUCACGGGCCCGCCUAUCAGUGCGAUCAGUGUCCACGAAUUUUUAGUCACAAAGGUAAUUACAAACGUCAUCUCUUGUCUCAUUUGGAUCCAUUGAAUACUCAUUUGCCCAAGUUUCCCUGUCGAGUGUGCGGGAAACGAUUUCUCAAUAAUCGAACGGUCCAAACUCACAUGAGAGUGCACACUGGAGAGAAACCGUUCAAGUGUACAAUUUGCGACCGAAUGUUUUCACAGCAGGGAAAUCUCUUAAAUCACAUGAAGUCAGUGCACUCGAAUCCAAGAAAUCACACUUGUGAGGUUUGUGGAAAAAGUUUUAAUCAGAAGGCAACACUCAAGGAUCACAGUCUUCUUCACACUGGUGAAAAGCCUUAUGUUUGUACAAUUUGUGGAGUGGCGUUCACGUUUAGUUCUGCGAUGAGAAGACACAUGUGGGUUCAUAGUGGUGGUAAACCGUUUGGUUGUGAUGUUUGUGAUGCGCGAUUCAUCGGUAAAUAUGAUUUGAAGAGACACAUGAAAAUACAUUCGCAAAGACCAAAGACGUUGACCAAAAAACAAUAUUCUGAUGAGCAAAAUGAAACCGAUCCUGUGGAGUUACUCGAAGAAAUGAUUGUUUUGGAGGAUACACCGGACGCAGAACGAAUUUUAAUAGAUCCAAUUCUUUUGUCUGAUGACACAACUCACAUGAAUACACAAAAAGAGUCAGAGAAAGAAAAUGUAGAUGCUCUAUUUAAUUUAAUACAUUACGGUUAAUGUAUAAAGACAAAUGUUUUUUGGUUAGACGAUAAAAAAAAGUGAUUUAGUUUUAUAAAUUCGUUACACAUUUUUUCGAGUUGAAUUAAAAUUAUAACAAUACUAUUAUUAAUAUAUUAUAAUAAUAAUUUGAAGGGGAGAUAUCUCCUUAAGAAAUUUCUAUUGUCCGGAUAUUAUUAAUAUUUAAUCUCAAUAUACUCAUCUAUAGACUUUUACGUGUUCGAGUUCAAAUGAGUAAGAAGAUUAAUUAAAAUAUUUUUUUUAUAAUAUAUAAUGUGAAACUAGUAAUUUUUUGUAUUUUUGAAAAUUUUUGAUAAAAUCAAUCUUUUAUUUAUUUAAAUUAAUGUAAUUACAUUAAAAAAUUCAAUACUAACCACAAAUUAGUUUCCAUCGA